UUAUCUGGACCCACACAAAUUAUUCAUCUAUAAAUAUCCGCCCUACUAGCAAAUAAAUAUUCUUUUAUUUUCCGUUUCAAUCGUUUCCUUUUUCCUUUCCAUUCGCUCGAUUAUUCUGCUGCAUUUCCGCGUUUCGUUUCUACAGUUUCCAAGUCAAUCCAAUCAGAAGGUAGAUAGGCGUUUUAAUGGCGUCGAAAAGGAUACUGAAGGAGCUCAAGGAUUUGCAGAAGGAUCCUCCGACGUCGUGCAGUGCAGGUCCUGUAGCAGAAGAUAUGUUCCAUUGGCAAGCCACAAUUAUGGGGCCUUCUGACAGCCCCUACUCCGGUGGUGUCUUUUUAGUUUCAAUUCAUUUCCCUCCAGAUUAUCCUUUCAAACCUCCCAAGGUUGCGUUUAGGACAAAGGUUUUCCAUCCUAACAUCAAUAGCAAUGGAAGCAUUUGCCUUGAUAUUCUGAAAGAGCAGUGGAGUCCAGCAUUGACUAUAUCUAAGGUGCUGCUGUCAAUCUGCUCAUUGUUGACGGAUCCAAACCCUGACGACCCUCUGGUGCCAGAGAUUGCUCACAUGUACAAGUCUGAUCGUGCCAAAUACGAAGGCACUGCCCGUAGCUGGACUCAGAAGUAUGCCAUGGGAUGAUGAACCCCAAUCACUACCCCCCGUAUCACAACUUUGCAAUUCUAGUGUUUUUCUUUUUUCCGUUUAUGCGUGUUGAAAUUUUUAAAAAAGUAAUGGGGUAAGGUUCUUUUCGUAUUCUUUUCUCAUAUUGGAAUGAAGUGAUCAAGGAAGUUCCGAAUAUCUCAAUUUGUGAAUAUGGUAACACCACUUGCUGACUGAUUCUUAGGAUCGGUAAAAAACUGUAAUGUAAUAUGUACGUCGAUGUUUUUUCAGGUAUAUCUUGUUGAGACCCUUAAAUGCUUAUCGUAAAUCAUCCUUUAAGGCUU